CAAAGCAGCCAGAUGCGCGCAGGACGCGGUUGCGCAUGUUACUACCGGGCUUAGUAUAAAUUUAAAAUUUUGUUUUACCGCUAAAAUGACUAAACAUGCAAUGUUUUCAACGUAACAACAAUUUAUAAACAAAAUGAAGUGUCAGUUCUUACAUUUAGUUCCGUGAGUGUUGAUUAUUAAGUGAUUUAUCGACAGAAGGAGUAAAACAAAUGUGUGUGUUCCAUGUGUGAAUGUUGUGCUUCAUAAUGUGGUCGAGAAACUUUACACCGGAUUAUGGGAUUAUGUUGCUGUCUAUAGGUGUGCUGCUGUCGAGUCUGGCGGCCAAAAUCCACGGAGUAGAAGGUUUCGUGUCGUGUUCGCCGUCGCCGUGUAAAAAUAGCGGCACUUGUUUAUCCACACCUAGAGGAGAAUCUUUUUGCAAUUGCACGUCACGUUACGCCGGCGAGUUCUGUCAGCAUUUGAACCCCUGCCACAGCGAAUCUAGUCCCAGGUGCCAGAACGGCGGCACCUGUAGGGUCCGGCCAGGGGUCGGCGGCGGCCCCCCGUCCUUUGCUUGCGACUGUCCCCUCGGGUUCAGUGCAUCGCUGUGUGAGAUACGAGUACCGGCUGCUUGUGAUUCGGCACCAUGUUUGAAUGGCGCCACCUGCCGGUUGACGUCAUUACACACUUUUGAAUGCGACUGUCCACCGGGAUACACAGGUGCUGAAUGUUCACACGAAGACCACUGCGCAUCCCAACCGUGUAGGAAUGGAGGUCGUUGCGUUGCGGACAAUACAACUACCGCCGGCUACUCAUGUGCUUGUCCACCCGGCUUCACCGGCCCGCGAUGUAUCGACGACGUGGUGGAAUGCUCAAGUGGUUCUGGACCUUGUCAUCAUGGGAGAUGCUUUAAUACACACGGGUCGUAUACUUGUGUGUGCGAGCCGGGUUUCACGGGCAGAGAUUGUGAUGCGGAAUACGUGCCGUGUGAGCCUUCUCCCUGUUUGCAUGGUGGAAGAUGCACGCCAUUGGAUCAGCUGAGAUACGAAUGUGACUGUCCUCCUGGUUUCCGCGGUCAGAAUUGUGAGAUAGACAUCGACGACUGCCCCGGCAACUUGUGUCAGAACGGCGCGACCUGUAUUGAUGGCCUCAACUCCUACACAUGCGAGUGUCCACCCACUUUCACAGGCACCCUUUGUGAGACGGAUGUCGAUGAAUGUGCUUUGAGGCCUUUAGUAUGUCAGAACGGGGCGACCUGUACCAACUCCGUGGGCGGAUUUUCCUGCAUCUGUGUAAACGGAUGGACUGGACCUGAAUGCUCUGUGAACAUCGACGACUGCGCCGGCGCUGCAUGCUUCAAUGGCGCCACUUGUAUUGAUAGAGUUGGUGCUUUUUACUGCAAAUGUACCCCAGGGAAGACGGGUCUCCUCUGCCAUCUGGACGACGCAUGCACAUCCAACCCUUGCCAUGCUGACGCCAUCUGCGACACAAGUCCUAUCAACGGUUCCUAUACAUGCUCCUGUGCAUCCGGCUACAAAGGUCUAGAUUGCUCUGAAGACAUCAACGAAUGUGAACAAGGUUCUCCGUGUGAGCAUGAUGGCACGUGUGUCAAUACUCCGGGUUCGUUCGCGUGCAACUGCUCUGUGGGUUUCACGGGACCUCGGUGUGAGACCAAUGUUAACGAGUGUGAAAGCCAUCCCUGUAGAAACGAUGGCUCCUGCCUUGAUGACCCGGGGACCUUCCGCUGUGUCUGCAUGCCUGGUUUUACUGGUACGCAAUGCGAAGUGGAGAUCGACGAAUGCGCAAACAAUCCUUGUCUCAACGGCGGCGUAUGUCACGACAUGAUCAAUGCGUUCCGCUGCACUUGCGUCAUAGGGUUUACGGGUGCCCGUUGUCAGGUGAACAUUGACGAUUGUGCAUCCAGCCCGUGCCGCAACGGUGGGACCUGCCACGACUCUAUCGCCGGCUAUACUUGCGAGUGUCCACCGGGAUAUACUGGUAUGUCAUGCGAGACCAACAUCAACGACUGCCUAUCCGCGCCAUGCCACCGCGGCGAGUGCAUCGACGGUGAUAACAGCUUCACCUGCAACUGCCACCCUGGAUACACCGGCAGGGUGUGUCAAACGCAGAUCAACGAGUGCGAGUCGAACCCAUGCCAAUUUGGAGGUCACUGCGAGGACUUGAUAGACGGGUAUCAGUGCCGUUGCAAGCCGGGUACGUCGGGUCGCAACUGCGAAAUCAACGUUAACGAGUGUUAUUCCAACCCUUGCAGGAAUGGCGCCACUUGUAUUGAUGGCAUCAACAGAUACACGUGCGAGUGCAUCCCCGGCUUCACGGGCCAACACUGCGAGACCAACAUCAACGAAUGUUUGUCCAACCCAUGUGCCAACGGCGGCAAAUGUAUUGACCGCAUCAACGGAUUCCGCUGCGAGUGCCCACGAGGAUACUACGAUGCUAGAUGUUUGUCCGACGUCAACGAAUGUGCCUCUAACCCUUGCAUCAAUGGCGGGACUUGCGAAGAUGGCGUCAACCAGUUCAUCUGCCACUGUUUACCAGGAUAUGGAGGUCAACGUUGUGAACGCGACAUAGACGAGUGCAGUUCGAAUCCUUGUCAACACGGCGGUACUUGCCACGAUCGACUAAAUGCGUACAAAUGUGAUUGCGUACUUGGAUUUACUGGUGUGAACUGCGAGACGAACAUCGACGAUUGUGCGGGCAACCCAUGCCUGCACGGCGGCUCCUGCAUCGACCUGGUGAACGGCUACCGGUGCGUGUGCGCGCCGCCGCACUCCGGCCGCAACUGCGAGAACACGCUCGACCCCUGUCUGCCAAACCAAUGUCGUCACGGUGGUCGUUGUGUGGCGGAAGCAUCGUACGCGGAGUUCACGUGCGCGUGCGGCGCGGGCUGGGCGGGCGCGCUGUGCGAACGCGACGUAGACGAGUGCGCGGCCUCCGCGCCCUGUCACAAUGCCGCGACUUGCGUUAAUACAGCCGGCGCGUACGCAUGUCUCUGCGCACGAGGGUAUGAAGGCCGGGACUGCGCUAUAAAUACUGAUGAUUGCGCUUCUUUCCCGUGUCAGAACGGCGCGACGUGUCUGGACAGUAUCGGGGACUACAACUGCGUGUGCGCCAGCGGGUUCGCCGGCAAGCACUGCGAGGUCGACAUCGACGAGUGCCAGUCUCGCCCUUGUAUGAACGGAGCUACUUGCAAUCAGUACGUGGCGUCGUACACGUGCACGUGUCCGCUGGGCUUCUCCGGCACCGACUGCCAGACCAACGACGAGGACUGCACCGACUCCAGCUGCAUGAACGGCGGCACCUGCCUCGACGGCAUCAACUCCUACAACUGCUCCUGCCCACCGGGGUAUACGGGAUCGAACUGCCAGUUCCGCAUCAACAUGUGCGAUAGCUCCCCAUGUAGUAAUGGCGCCACCUGCCACGAUCACGUCACCUUCUACACCUGCCACUGCCCCUACGCCGCGGGCAUCACUUGGUUCCCUGAAGGCUUCAUCCGCAACAACUCCUCAACACGGCGGCGCACGAGAAGACGUGGCCCAGAUGGUCAGGAGAUGAGGAAUUUAAACAAAGCCUCCAUUGGCUGCAUAGAUGUUGACAUAAACGGUGGGCACAUGGGCCCUCCACACUGGUCAGAUGAGGAUGAUGAUGGGUCAGCUCCGCCACGAGCGAAGCGAGCGCGAGGACCUGGAGACGCUAACGGUGCACCAGGAGGUUACGCGUCAGACCACACUGCUAUAACGGACUACGAGGAGGCAGGGCAUGAGCCCAGGGUAUGGACGCAGCAGCACCUGGACGCGGCCGACAUCCGCGUGCCGCCCAGCAUGAUGACACCACCGGCCAUCCACGACAGCCACGUAGACGUGAACGCGCGUGGGCCGCUGGGAAUGACACCGCUGAUGGUGGCUGCCAUCCGCGGCGGCGCGCUGGACGCCGGCUCCGACGCAGAAGAUGAGCAGACGGCACACAUCAUCUCCGAGCUGGUAGCCCAAGGGGCGCAGCUUAACGCAGCCAUGGAUAAGACCGGCGAGACCAGCCUGCAUCUUGCCGCAAGAUACGCACGAGCGGACGCCGCCAAACGUCUAUUGGACGCGGGCGCGGACGCCAAUUCGCAGGACAACACUGGCCGGACGCCGUUGCACUCCGCCGUCGCCGCGGACGCUAUGGGCGUCUUCCAGAUACUGCUUAGGAACAGAGCCACUAACUUGAACGCUAGAAUGCACGAUGGGACCACACCUCUUAUACUUGCUGCUAGGUUAGCGAUAGAGGGUAUGGUGGAGGACCUGAUCAACGCGGACGCGGACAUCAACGCGGCUGACAACAGCGGCAAGACGGCGCUGCACUGGGCCGCCGCGGUCAACAAUGUAGACGCAGUCAACGUAUUGCUUGUACACGGUGCUAAUAGGGACGCACAGGAUGACAAGGACGAGACGCCAUUAUUCCUGGGUGCUCGUGAGGGUUCGUACGGCGCGUGUCGAGCGCUGCUAGACGCGCUCGCCAACCGCGAGAUCACCGACCACAUGGACCGGCUGCCGCGCGACGUCGCCCAGGAGAGGAUGCACGACGACAUCGUGCGGCUGCUGGACGACCACUGCCCGCGCCCGCAGCACCACCAUCUGCUGCCAUCCCCCAACCCUCACCCGCAGCUGAUCAGCCAGCCGACAGUGAUAGCUGGCGCGGGCAAGGGCAAGCCGAAGAAGGCGCGCGCCAAGCCCGGCCCCGACAGCCCGCAGGACCAGCCCUACGACAACAACAUGCACCUCGCGCAGAUACGACGGAAACCGAGUGUAAAAAAGAACAAUAAAAAGGUGGCGCAGGAAGUGCCGCAGAGCGUGGAGAGCCUCGGUUCCAGUCUCAGUCCAGUUGAAUCGCCGCUGCAAAAUUUACAGGACUUGCCGUCGCCGUACGACGCGACGUCGCUGUACUCGAACGCUAUGGCGCAGUUCCCCGGCAUGGAGCCGCUGCUGCAGCACAAGCAGCCCCCCAGCUAUGAGGACUGCGUCAAGACGGGUCAGACGCUGCAGUACGGCGGCGGCGCGCUGGGCGCCUCGCUGUCGCCGCCUUACUCCAACCACUCCCCCACGCACAGCAACCACACCACCUCGCCGCACGCGUAUAUAGGUUCGCCAUCGCCGGGCAAAUCGCGGCCGUCGCUGCCGACGUCACCAGCGCACAUGGCGGCGCUGCGCCACUCGCACCANCACCAACACCAGCUGGAUGCCGCCACGUAUUCAGCUCUCGCACAUCUUAGUGCUAAUGGGCAGCACAACGCGCAGCUGCAGGCGGUGAUGACGCACGCGGCGGCGCUCGGACAAGUGCAGGGACAUCACCCCGCGCUCACCAAUAUGAUAUCAGGGAUAGGUCUGUAUGGUAGCUGGGGCAUUGGCGAUACUUUCCCGACGCCGUCUCCGGAAUCCCCAGACCAGUGGUCAUCGCCAUCGCCACAGACACCGUUAACGCAAUCGCCACAUUCAGACUGGUCCGACCGCGCGGCGCUAUCGCCAAACGACAUGCAACAGACAAACAAAGGAGCCACUGAAGCCAUUUAUAUAUAAACUGGGAACAUAACUAUGCCAUUUUGGACUUUAUGUAUGUAAACAUAAGAUUGAUAUUCAAUUUGAUAUUAUAAAUCCGAAAAUGUUUUGAACAUUGCAAAUUUUUUGAAGUAUUUUUGUAAUUUUUAACACUUUGACGUUGGUAUAAACUUUUUUUGGUGCGUAUUUUAAAAUAAAGGUGUUAUUAAGGUACUAUAGGUUGACUCGAUUUUUCUCAGUUGAAUGACAUUUAAUAAUGUGCUUUUCUCGAAUAUAAUCUCAAGGUGCUUGCGGUUUUUGAUAGACUGAUUUGUGUCGCCAUGACAGCCCUAGCUAGCACUAGUUAAACUCGAUAGGACAAGAAUGUUCGUAUUUAGUGAUUCUCCAUUGACGUUUAGUGACUAUAAAUAGUGUUUUUUUUUAAUUUUUAGCAAAAGAAUAUAGGAACAAUUGUAACAUUAGUAAUUGAAAAAUUAUUAAUAGUUUCAAACGAUACGUUUUGCACUAUUAAUAAAAUGAAUUUAAA